AUGCACAGAGAUUCACAUGCAAUAUCGAAGUUGAUCAAGCCCAAAGUUAGAAUAAUUCACAUAGUAGCACCAGAAAUUAUAAAGACUGAUGUUGCAAAUUUUAGAGAGCUUGUUCAAAGACUUACUGGCCAACCUUGUGAAAGUAAAGGCUUGAUCAAGAAGAAAGCAAGAUCAACCAGUACUACUCCAGGCAAGAAAAGGAAGACUACCGGUUACUCGUGUGAAUCAAACAAGAAAGCCAUGCAGCAGAUCCCAGAGUUCGGAUUGGCUAGUUUGAUUAGAGGAGAGAAACAGGUGGGAGCAAAUAAAGUGUGGGAAGGUGAGAAUUCUUUAAGUAAUUGUAAUUUCCUUGAUGGGUUUGGAGAUUUGAAUGGUUUUAUGCAUGAUUUGAGUGACAGCUUAACUCUGACAACAUCUAAUUCGCAAUCGUCUUGUGAAAUGGAUGGUUAUGAAGACAUAUAUACACCUUUCUUGGCUGAAGGUGGAUUAAUUUAA